AUGAUGGAAAACACUGAUCAACAGCUACAACAACGCCAGUUGCAGCUGCAACAACAACAGCAACACUCGUUAAUCGGUCUGCCACCACUGCCAAAAAGUCUGAGCGCCGCUGCUGCCACCAUUGGAUCGGAUCUGGCGAGCGGCCACGCACAGAGCCAGGUGCACGGACAGUCGCAGCUGCGCUCGCAUACCUCCUCCCCGCUGCAGCUGCAGUCGGCCACGUCUGUUGCCGCUCUAACCGCUGCAACUGGCGAUCUGUACCUGGGGCCAUCCACCUCGUCGGCGGCGCGCAAUCGCAAUUAUAAUGGCCAUGGGCGCCAUGGCAGCCUAUCCUCCACCCAGGAGUCGCUCAGCGAUCGAGAGAGCGUGCACAGUCGCGCAUCGUCCACGCAUAGUGCGAGUGGCAGCACCGCCCAGCAGCAGCAGCACACGCCCACCAACAGCAGUAGCAACGCCUCCAGCACCAUUGACAACCAGCUGGCGAUAUUGCGCCGGGAGAUGUAUGGACUACGGCAGCUGGACUUGUCGCUGCUGUCGCAGCUGUGGGCCCUGAAUGAAUCCAUUCAGGGCUUUCGAGUGUUUCUGCAGGAGCAGGAUGCGCUGUCGCCGCCGUCCCGCUCGCGCACGCCAUCCGAUGCCAACUCGCUGUCGUCUGACGAGGAUGACGGCUCCUAUGCACCGCUCGCGGUGCCCAAGCUGAAUGUGCCGCCGGCAAGCAUUGCUGCGCUCUCCUCGCCAGCGGCUAGCGGGAGUUUGCCCACCAAAUUGGCGACGGGUUCGACGACUUCGCAUGCAUCGACCAGCUCCACAUCUGGGGCGUCCGGCUCAUCGUCGGCAGCGUCUUCAAUGGGCAAGCACCACCAUCAUCAGCAGCAACAGCAGCAGCAGCAACAACAGAUGCCUCACUAUCAUCAUCAGCAUCGAUCCGCACCCCCACCUGCGCCGCCCGCCCAGCACAAGGCGCAUCCGCAGUUGCCGCGCAUACUGCAGCAACGCAUGCGGCAUGCCCCGCCUCCGCCGCCACCCACGCGGCCCAAAGGCGGCGGCGCCAGCAGCAGCAGCAGCAAUCACAGCAUCAGCAGUGUCUCACAGCAGCAGCAGCACCACCAACAACAACAACAGCAUUCGCAUCAGCAUCAGCAGCUACUGCAUCAGAGUUCGCAGCAUCAGAGGCCCGUAUGACAAAACCCGUUCUUGGACUAAGCAAUGCCUGGUCCAAGAACGCCAGUUGAUCAUAGAUACCAAUAAAAAGCAACAAACAAUAAACCACAAACAACAAACAAAGAAGCAACAAAACAUUUCUGAAAAGUCAAUUGCACAUUUAACCGAAAGUCAAUUAAGAUUUAGAAAAACAUUCGAAAGGGCAGCUGAAUGCGACUUGUGAUCUUGCCUGACAGCAGCUGCAUCCACAUACAGCCACCCAAAACAAAUACCCCUUAAAUAAUAUCACACACACACAAACAUCCAAGCUUGCCAUUCGUUCCAUUUCGUUCUUGGACUUAGGAAAUUUAUCACUUACCAAUCUCGAAUGGUUAAAUUUUUGCAAAAAAAAAAAAAAAUAAUAAUAAAAUAAAAUGAAAAGCAAAACAAACAAAAAAUGAAACGAAAUUGUAUUCAAUAAUAAUAAUCUUUAAAUAGUUAAGGAUGUAAUCCUUCGAUAAGUACUACGUAUAUCGCAUAUUUAUAAAAAAAAAAUAUAUAUAUAUAUACAUAUAAUCUAUUUGUAUAUUAGCCGUAAAAAAAAACGAAAUGAUAAAUUGCUGCUUUCAAAUAGAAACAUUGAGCAUCGAAACAAAAACAAUACGAGGGCAUUUCUUAAACAAACAAAAACCACAUAAAAAAUGUUAGCAAGCAUAAACUUUGUUAAAUUACCUAUUGUACUAUUUGAACCUAUUCUAAAACCUAAAACGCUAUAAAAAAGCAUACUCACUCAUUAGAAUUAACCAAAAACUGAACUCUUGGUCAACAAAAGAAAAAAAAAAGAAACAAAACUAUUAUAACUAUCGUAUCUAUAUGCAUAUUAUUUUGUUAUUCUCCUCUACUGAGAAAAACGUAGGCAGAUUGUUAAUUGAAAGAAAGAUGUUAAUCUGCUACACAUAGAGACACUCGAGUAUAUUAGAAAUUAAUAAUCCCAAACUGGAAUAGAACUCUUCCUCAUAGGCAUUCUUUCAAGAUACAUAUUCUGAAAUUAGGCAUUAAGUAUUUGAUAUUGUGCCUGAAUAUAUCGAUUCGUAUUCCAUUUACCAUUCCCCAAUAUCCCAGCGCCUGAGUGUCCUUGUGGCCAGCUUUGACGAAGAAACGAAUCAAAACAGAACAAAAAAAAAUCAUUACUGUUCCAAAAUCGUCAAUAGAUUUCGAAUAGCUGAAAUCUAAAAUAUUGAGUAGGUGCUUUUGAGAACAAAGAUAACAUAUAUACAUAACUAUUUAUCUUACUGGGCAACAAAACUAAAUAAACAAAUCUUACGUAAUAAAUAGAGAAACAAUAGAAAAUAUUAACUAGAAGCAAUGCUAUCUAUAUAGAUUGUGGUGCUCAUUGGCAGUCAAAAUUUAGGAAAUUUCAGUUUAUUUUUUUAAUUUUUGUUCAACUCUGACUGAGCCGCUUCAAAUAUCACCCAUUAACGAGAAUGAUCGACAAUAUCUAUCCAAAAUAAAAAUCGAGUUAUAUGCUUCUAGAGCAAAGAAAUAUAGGAACAAAAAUUACAAAUUUCCUUUUCCUUUUUAUUGGAUAGUUUAUAGCGUUUAUCUAUUGAUCUAGUGAGCAGUAAAAAUUAAGUUCAUGAAUUUUCAAAAUUUGUAAUAUUUCUCUAAUUCAAAUACCUUUGCCGAAACAUCUCUAAUGUCGUGUUCAAGGAGUUCAAUCAAAAUCUCAAAUAUUCUAAAGCUAAUGCAUCAGCCAUUGCACUCAGAUCAUUGCCCAAUGAAUUUUCUAAUGCAUUAGUAUAUAAAACAACGUACAUAUAUAAACUUUUAAGUAUGCUCUACGGCGUAUGCCAAGCAUUUAUUGAAAGUUUAUACGGAAUCCGGAAAAAGGAAUGGAACUUUCAGAAAGCGUGUUUGGGUAGCAAUUUGUUGAUAGUAAUAAUAAAUUGAUGACUUUUUGUAUGAAGCCUGGUAACAAGAGAGAAACAAAUAUCGUUAAAAUGUAAUGGAAAAUAAUAAAUAAACAACCAACAAAUUUGAAAAUCUUAACAAUAAAUAUCACUUUAAAUACUACAAGGA